GAGCAAAAAGUGGAGAGAGGGUCACACGCGAUCUUAGUGCCCAUUUCUCUCUUUUGUCUUUCCUCUCUCUCUCCCCCUUGUAAGAAAAAGGAAAGUUCUCUCGCAAAGAUCCAAUUUUGACGAUCCAAAUCGGACAAAAGUUGAAUUUUAAGACAGAGAUAUGUCGUGUUCAUCCUCGUCUGGAUCAGAAGGUGAAGAAGAAGGCUUCGAUUCUUACCGUAAAGGUGGAUACCACGCCGUCAGGAUCGGAGACCCUUUCUCCGGUGGACGUUACAUCGCUCAGAGAAAGCUUGGUUGGGGUCAAUUCUCCACCGUCUGGCUUGCCUACGAUACUCUCUCCUCUAGCUACGUUGCUUUGAAGAUUCAGAAGAGCGCACAGCAAUUCGCACAAGCCGCACUUCACGAAAUCGAGUUCCUCUCAGCUGCAGCCGACGGAGAUCUCCAAAACACCAAAUGCGUCGUCCGUCUCAUCGACCAUUUCAAGCACGCCGGCCCCAACGGGCAGCAUCUGUGCAUGGUGCUCGAGUUUCUCGGCGACAGCUUGCUCCGUUUGAUCAGAUACAACCGUUACAAAGGUCUGAAGAUGGAUAAAGUCAGGGAGAUUUGCAGAUGCGUGCUCACUGGUUUAGAUUACUUGCACCGUGAGCUCGGUAUGAUCCACUCUGAUUUAAAACCUGAGAACAUUCUUCUCUGCUCCACCAUUGACCCUGCUAAAGAUCCGGUUAGAUCCGGGUUGACUCCGUUGCUAGAAAAGCCUGAGGGGAACGCAAACGGUGGUGGAGGUUCUUCUACUAUGAAUCUGAUUGAGAAGAAGUUGAAGAGGAGAGCUAAAAGAGCGGUUGCUAAGAUAUCGGAGAGAAGAGUCUCGAUGGUUGGUGGAGAAGCAUCGUCGAAGACGGAGGAGAGGAGUCUUGAUGGGAUUGAUAUGAGAUGCAAAGUGGUUGACUUCGGUAACGCUUGUUGGGGUGAUAAACAGUUUGCGGAGGAGAUACAGACGAGACAGUACAGAGCUCCUGAAGUGAUACUGAAGUCUGGAUACUCUUUCUCUGUUGAUAUGUGGUCUUUUGGUUGCACCGCUUUCGAGCUUGUCACGGGGGAUAUGAUGUUUGCUCCUAAAGAAGGGAAUGGUUAUGGAGAAGACGAGGAUCACCUUGCUCUUAUGAUGGAACUCUUAGGAAAAAUGCCUAGAAAGAUUGCUAUUGGUGGAGCGAAGUCUAAAGACUACUUUGACAGACAUGGAGAUUUGAAGAGGAUACGGAGGUUGAAGUAUUGGCCGCUAGAUCGUUUACUGGUGGAUAAGUACAAGCUUCCGGAAGCAGAAGCAAAGGAGUUUGCAGAGUUUCUGAGUCCUAUUCUUGAGUUUGCGCCAGAGAAACGACCAACUGCUCAGCAGUGCUUGGAACAUCCGUGGAUGAAUGUAGUGAGUACACUGAACAAAAAUGCAGAUAAUGUAGAAUCUCAUAUGAGAAACUUGCACAUCGAAGGGUGAAAGGAAACUCCACCUUCUUCCUUUUUUUUUCAUACAUGUUUUCUUUUUGAACAAUUUCGUUAUUUUUUGUUUAAUUGUUCUUUCUUUUUGGAGCUAUGGAUAUGAUUAUUGGUUAAACAUCGACUUCAUUUGUUGCUUAUAAAGAAAAUGCGUUGUAGUGAA